CAACCGACAUCAUUCGGGGCUCCGAUUACAAACCCGCUCGUGCCCUGCACAAUCGCACAUAAAUUCAACGUAAUACGUGGAGUUUUGACGUAACAACAGCUUCGCAAAAAAAAAAAAUAAAAAAAUCCGUUAAGUCUCGAUCCAAGAUCAGAAUUUCCAGGGUUUUGAGGGGUGAGAAUUGUUUUGAAUGGGGAUUCAAACAAUGGGAUCCCAAAGCAAUGGCCAGCAGUCUCAUUUACAGCCGUCUCCAUUGGUGAGACAGAAUUCAUGGUAUAGUCUCACUCUAAAUGAAGUUGAAAACCAACUAGGGAUGUUGGGAAAGCCUCUGGGUAGCAUGAACCUUGAUGAGCUUCUUGAUAAUGUAUGGACUACCGAAUCAAAUCAGUCCUUGGGAAUAGAUACUGAGAGUACCUCACCAUCAUCUUCUCUACAACGUCAGGCUAGCCUAACCUUGGCUAGAGCUUUUAGUGGGAAGACAGUUGAUCAAGUGUGGAAGGAGAUACAACAAGGCCAGAAGAAGAGGUUCGGUGAGGAGAUGAAGGGUCAGGAAAGAGAACCAACACUUGGUGAAACGACAUUGGAGGAUUUUUUGGUACAAGCAGGGCUUUUUGUUGCUGACACAUCUUUAGGUCCUACAAUGGAAUUGGAUAGCACCCCACAAAGUUUUCUGCCGCAAAUUGGAUUGUCACCUACCCCGUUACUUGGCACAUUAUCAGACACAAGUAUGAAAGGGCGGAAAAGGGAUAGCCAAGAUGCAUUUGAGAAGACCAUUGAGAGGAGGUUGAGGAGAAAGAUCAAGAAUAGGGAAUCUGCUGCACGUUCACGAGCCAGAAAGCAGGCUUACCAUAAUGAGCUGGUGAGCAAGGUUUCACGAUUGGAAGAGGAAAAUAUAAAGCUUAAUAAAGAGAAGAAAUUUGAGAAAAUUUUUCAUUGUGAAACACCUGAUCCUAAGUAUCAGCUUAGAAGAACGAGCUCAGCCUCCUUCUGACGUGUCUUCCAGCGUUGAGAGUUUUGUAGUUGUGGUAAAUGUUAGGCCUAUCCUCUUGGUUUGUUGAUGGAGCUGCUUUGGGAAUUCAUCCAAGAGUUUGGUGUUUUGUACAUUUAUAAGUUAUAGUAUUUCGGUAUUCAACUGCUUCCAGAAACUGCCAUGUUUAUAAGUUAGGCUCUCUUUAUUUUACUGAAAGACAAACUGAAUUUGUGCUGAUUAGCUUAAUUUCUCCCUUUCAUGUUAAAAGGAAAAUAGGGGAUCAACUAUAAAAGUAGAAAGAGUUGGCAUUGUGCAGUUGAAGAUUGUGAUUAACUAGUGAAAAUAUAUUGAAUGUCCUGGACUUACUAUCAAACAGUUAGAACAAUCUGUGCUA